AUAAUAAUAUGAUACAAAAGGACAUACCGGGAUAGAGAGGCAGACACAAGAUUUUUCAAUUAAAAAAUAAUCAAAUUUCAGUGUAAAGUGUGUGUGUGUGUUAGCUUAUGUGGGUUCGGACUUAAGCUAUUAACAUAAACAUAGACAUGGAUCAGAUAAUGGUGACAACAAACGGCACACUGACCACCAGUAUAGGCCUGUGCGCCAAAGAUGCUAGCGUUCAGGUUAUCAAAGAUUUUUUAUCACUAUUUUAUAUAAUGUCACCGAUGGAGACAACAAAAGAUAAUCCAUAUGAUGUGCCAGACUAUGAAGUGACCUUAACACCAGUGGUCGGUAUCUUAGUAUUGUUGGAACAGUUGAUCCGAUACUUUCAGCGCAAAGAUUUAUCCCGUUUUCAGGAUUAUAUCAUUAAUGCCGGAUCUGCUAUUAUAUUUACAUUAAUGAGAGUAUUUUUGUUGACCACUUCGGUAACGAUAUUCACAUUGAUUUACGAAAACUAUCGCUUAUUGGAUCUGCCGUUGCAUUCGGUCUGGACAUGGAUUAUAUCCUUAUUGUUGGUCGAGUUUACCUACUAUUGGACACAUCGGGCACUUCAUGAGUUCAACAUCCUAUGGGCUGCCCAUCAGUUUCAUCAUAUGGCCGAAGAUGUUAACAUUACGACAACCAUCCGGGACUCUGUUGUCGAUUUGUUUAUAUAUGCGGUGUUUCCCCUACCACUGGCUAUUUUUGUACCGCCACCUAUCCUACUGGUUCAUGUCCAGUUCAGUCUAAUCUAUCAGGUAUGGCUACACAACUCGGUUAUUGGUAAUCUGGGAUUUCUUGAAUACGUUAUCAAUACUCCGCGUCAACAUCGGGUACAUCAUGGCAAAAAUCCGUACUGUAUUGAUAAAAACUAUGGCGCAUUGAUUAUGAUAUGGGACCGUAUGUUUGGCACACAUCAAACGGAAAAAGAGUCGAUAGUAUUUGGUGUAGUGUCGCCCACACCCGAAACAUAUGAUUCAAUGAUCUUACAAUUUGGUUACUAUCGGGAUGUUUGGCAUAAGUUUCAAACGGUUGAUGGUUUGGGUAAUAAAUUGUCGGCACUGUUCAAAGGACCUGGAUGGAUGCCCGGUAAGCCCAGAUUGGGCGACAUUAAGGAUGUACCCGAACCCGAUCGGACACUUCCCAAAUACAGUUGGGAUCCAUACAUACCUAUGUGGAAGAAAUGCUAUGUUGCUAUACAUGGCAUAGUUAUUGUACUCGGAUUUUACAUAUUAGCUGAACAUCCAUACAUUCGAUUUUCACCAGAAAAAGGACUUUUGGCUAUUUUGUAUAUAAUUUAUAUCUUGACAUCAUUUGGAGCUAUUUUCGACAAUCGAUCAUGGACAGCCCCGCUAGAAAUUACCCGAUGUUUAGCCUACUUUUUAUUCGACUAUUUCCUUAUUGAAUCAGUCAAUUGGAAAGUUGGUCCGGCACAGUAUACAAUGGUACAGGUGCUCAUGUGGUCCAUACGUUUGUUGCAUAUCAUAUCCAUAGUAGUCUGGUGUGUCUAUAGUUGUAGACAGUGUUCAGCUCAUAAUAAAUCAGUCGCUGAAGACACCACUCAAUAUACAAUUGUCGAUAAGUCUGGCGGCGGCGGCGGUAAAGAUGUCGAAAGUGAAACCUCAUCGGUAUUACAGCAAAAUUCAAUCAAAGUUAUGGCAAUUAUAGCAUUUUUGAUGCUAACGUCAAUACCAUUUGGUAUAGCAUUUAUGGUUAGAUUAAACAGUUGUAUCAAAAUGUUUAACGAUUUCUAUUAUCUUAUAUUUUAACUGAUAUCAAUCAAUACAAAUAUACCUCUAUUUGAUAUAUGAUUUGAUAUUAUUAGUAAUAUAUAAAAAAUACUCACUUUUUUAUGUUAUUAUACUAAUUAUAUAAACACCACUUUUGCUUAUAUCAGUAUAAUCUUAUAUCAAUACUACUGUAUAUAUUAGCAAAACUAUCAAAUCUAUGCUCAGUUUUUUUUAAAUAUUACGUAUAUUUUUUAAAUAAUUUUUUGUAUCUAUUAAUUAUCAACAAAAAAAAUUAUAUUAAUUAAUCAAUGGGUCGUCUUAUUUAAA